UCAACAGACACGUGCAGCUGCAAACACAUUCCAUGUUUAUCCAUUUGCUGAUCAUGUUAAACUGGCCACGGAGGUGUGAAAGUCUCAGCAUGGCUGUAGUGAAUGCUACUGAUCUGUGAAGACAACUUAAGUCACAGAUAGCUUUAUUGGACAACUGGCUGCCUUGGGUUUUGGUAAUACUGAUGGGAACCAGCUGUUAGUGUCUCUGUGUAAUUUGACUGUGGAAAUACUCUACAUAAUAACUUUUCUAUUGUUGGCAAUUUCAUCCACCGCUGGUAAAAGCUUAGUGUCUUAAUUUUAACGGGUGAUUAUCUGGUUGAAGGUCUUAUAAAUAUGACGUCGGCCGCCCAGCUGCUCAUCCAGACUUCAGACACAAUCUUGGAAAAUACAAUGUUGCUUCACGUCUGAGAAAGAAGUGACAGCAAGCCGAUAUAUAAUUAAUGUGCUCAUCAUCUGCAAACAUCUUAGCAAGUAUUGUAAUAAAAUAACCAAUUUUGUUAUUUUUUAAAUUACUGCUAACAUCCACCAGCUGCUGCUGCUGGUGCUGCUGUAACAUUUAUAGGUUUUCAAGCCUAUUUAGCCAAACAAUUUGCUAAAUGUUAGCAGGAACCUAAUAGAAGAUACUGUAAAUGUGUGCUUCAGGGAUAAACUAAUCUCAACUCAAGGUCCAUGUAUUUGCUUGUUUCAGACUGUUCCACCGUUUCACACAUGCUGAUGAAGACUGUGUAAUACAAUUGAAAGCUCAGAAGGAAGCAAAUAUAUUGAUAGUGUUUCCAGCUGUCAAGCUUAACGAUUUGUUUUUCUGAACAUUCUGGCAAACUCAUCCCUCCACACAGCAAAACAACGGUUUGAUGAAUUCAAAAGUUUAAAACAGCAGAUGUGAGUGUGAUAGCUCACCACCAGAUGUCGCUGCAGCUUCACCUUUGCUGAAGUUCAGGCCCAGACAAAAUAUUUCCAUGUCAGUGUGAUAAGGUUUUGUCUGAUAGACCUCUGAUAAGAUCUCUGGGGAUCAUGUUGUACAGAGCCAGAUGACUUGUCUGAGUACAGCGCAGUUCUUCAAAGUUUGACUCAUAACUUAAAAUAUAACAACAUAUACUGUGGUUUUUAAAUACAUGAACUCACAAGCAUAAUUCCACAUUCAAAGGGACAUGAAUAUUAAGAGAAAUUGAGUUUGACAAUCAUAAUCUAAAACUCUCAACCUGGUGCUAGUCGCCCUAUUUUCAUUUGCUACUGUACAAAUAUGCUAAUGAAAUAACGUUUAAUAAUUCUUUGUUUUAGUGGGACUGUUGGGACCCGGAGGUUCUUGAUAUACAUGCGAUGUUUUAUACUGUAUGAACUAAUGCUGGGACCCAUGUUCACCAUACUGACAUACUGAAAUAUUUAAAUCAUUGACGUAAUGUAAAAAUACACAACCACAGGAAAAAUCCUGCAGUCAAAAUGUUACUUAGGUUGAAGAACAGAAGCAAAAAGUGAAGUACAUUAAAUUAUUUGAAUAUUGAGCCCCCUAUCAAGGCAAGAGUCCAGAAACAGCUUGUCCUAAAUGAUCUGUUAUGACAGAACACUUUGGCCUUGUUCUGUCAUGAUCUGCCUGGUGAUUAAAAUAUCAAAUGCACUGGGUCAUGAUUAUAAAUAGGCUAUCUGUGUUACACUCCUGCCUGGCAAGUGACACAUAAGUUGUUUACAAACACACUGUUAUUAGGGAGACGUCGGGAGAGUGUAACUUCAACCGGGAACCGUUUUAUUGGUCACUGCACGCACACACACGCACACACACACGCACACACACACACACACACACACCUCCCCUCCUCCCUGCUCCUGUCGUCACCGCCCCCACUGAGCAGGGCACGUUAAAAAGCGGCAGUCUUCUGGCUGGAGGUCAGUUCAAGACCUUGAGGAGUGUGACAGACAGGAGGACAGAGUGGGACUUUACAUUUAGUGGCAAAUAUACAUCGUUACUGGAUAAUCUCAAAUUACUGGAAUUAUGAAGUCUCCAAAGCUGAAACCUCAAGGGAAAUUCGUCAACGAGGAGGAUCUGAACGACGUGCUGUGUGAGUUCGACGCGGUGAUCGAAGACUUCACGUCCCCGGUGGAGAAGCGACACUUCAGGUACGACGAACACCUGAAGACCGUGAAGAGGAGGAGCAGCGCCAGCGUCAGCGACAGCGGCAUCAGCGACUCAGAGAGUGCAGAGUCUCUCAACAGAAACAGCUUCAGCUUCAGCGAUGAGAGGCUGAACUCCCCCACUGUGCUCUCCCCUACCACCACCACACCUCCGCUCAUGUCACCAAAACCCAAACUCGGCGACACUAAAGAUCUGGAGGACUUCAUCGCCGACCUUGACAGGACAUUAGAGAGCAUGUGACACGGAGGCUCACAUUCAUCUUGGAGUCGAGCUUUGGAGGGAGUGGAUGUCUGGGCCCCCCUUGAGCUGCUAACAUGCUCCCGGCCCCCACACUGAAAACCACCCAACAGGAUACAACUGGAUGGCACAGCAACUUCUAAGCGGCUCCACCACGACAUCAGGUCUAGCCAGCACUCCUAAAGUUAACCCAGCAGUGUCUUCUAACUCCAGGCCAACUGGCUACUGGGCUGUAAGGACUGCAAGAAGGGUCAAAAUUAGCAUCGUAGGGAACCUGAGGACAAGAAUCUUAGCUGCCAUACGGUAACAGACUCCAUGAAACGUCGUGAGGAAUGGAGACGUGGAAUAUAUGUUGCAAAAAGUCACUGGAACAUUUAUCGUUAGAAUCCCAAAUCAUCCCACCUCACAGACCAGGUUACACUCCCUCACCCAAAAUUUAAGCUGGAAGAGUAUUUAAAAAAAGCUUUUUAUAAUAGAAAUAUAUUUGUAAUUUUAUAGAGGUCCUUAUUGUCUUUUUUGUGAAAUAUAUUUUUGUAUCUUAUGUAAAUAAUCUUUGUUUCAAAUUCUAUUUGCCUUGGUAUUAAUUACAGGACGUUCAGAUUAAGAUUUGACGCUCGACUGGAAUAAAGUUGGAUACAUGCUUAAAUGUGAACUGCAAGCUUAAUCCACUCUGGAAAAAAACUGGAAAGAAAAGUUUGUAUUUAAUACAGUUAAUGUCUGCCAGAGAUAUUAAAGUAUGAAAUGUUCUUGUAGUAA